GACAAGGACCGUAUACCAAAAAAAAAAAACCAAGAUGGAGGCGAAGAACUGUCAUGAACGAGUUCUUUCUCGCAUAUUUCACGUAUCUUUAACAACAGGAAUCGUCCUUAUUUUAGUCCUUAAAGAUACAGAACUUAGACGAGCUUGUUUCAACGGGAACUGGUUCUAUGUCGCAGCUUUUUUGUCGCUUUGCUUCAUUGGAUUUAUUUUCUACUUUGUGGCAAGUUGUAUGGAUCCUGGAUUUGCAGAAAUAAGCGACGAAAAAAGUAUAAUGGUUACGUUUGAGAAAACAGAGCAAGAUUCAGAAAGCCAAUCAGAUGGGGAGGAUGCAGAAGAAUCCUGUAAAAUAUUGGCUACACCACCUCUAGGUGGUGCAAGAUUACGGCGCUGUGGAUACUGCGCAAUAUUGCAGCCACUGCGAGCUAAGCACUGUGAAGACUGUGGUCGCUGUGUGCGAAGAUAUGAUCACCACUGUCCAUGGCUUGGAAAUUGUGUAGGGGAGAGAAAUCACAGAUUCUUUUGGUGCUUUCUCCUAACUCAGUGUGUACUCAUUGCAUGGGCCACUGAAAUUACUUGGUAUGCUUUUGUAUACAAGAAAGCCUGGCUGGCAUGGUUCCUUGCCAAUGGUUUCCUCAUUUUUGCAAUGUUUGUCCUGUGUCUCACUUUUCUCGUAGUUUUUCUUCUGUUUUGUUGUCAUUCUUAUUUGAUGUUUACAGCUCAGACUACUUGGGAGUACAUGUCCCGCUCAAGAAUUUCUUAUCUAAAGACCCUCAGUGAGGAUGUGAAUCCCUUUGAUCAAGGAGUGUUCUGUAAUGUGUACAGCUUCUUGUGCCGAUGUCGAGUUCAAAAGUGGGAAGUUUUGCUGCGACAGAGAGAUCGAUGGGCCUAGAAACUACCACUUAGUAUACAUUAGGUUUAUUUCUGUACAAUGUAAUUUAAAAACGUUUUAUUUUUCCAAAUUGACGUUUUGCCAAUGGGGUGCUUGUGAAUUAGUACUCUGAGUUGAUUGUAGCAUGAGAUUUUUGUACCCAAAUUUGUUUCCCAUGCUCAUUCCUCCACAUGGUCAAAAGAGAGCCAGCUUGGCAGCUGGAAAAUUUUGAGUCUUGUUUUUCAGAAAGUUAGAUUUUCUGUACCUACAUGUAUAGUAUAUAAAAUAACCAUGCUCAAUUUGUAUAAUUGAUUAAGAUAAUAUAUCUACAGUCUAUUAUUAAUUAGUCUGCUGUACAGGGUUAUGCAAUCCUGAGUUCCAUAUUUAUGGCUGUGCCUACAUUACAUCUCACGUUGCAGGGGACCACAUCUGAAGACUUUUCCAAAAGACUGAAAACUAUUAGUAUUCUGGUUAGUAUAGUUUAGAGGCCAUCAUUUGUCACUCUCCUUGGUUUGUGCUCUUAUAACAUAUAUAGUUUACAUUAGAGAUGUUGCUAGGUAACACCAAGUUUCUUUUACUGACUAGUAUUUAUCCUAUUUCUGAUUUGGAUUAUAGUCAUUAGAGGAGACUAACUAACUACAAGUGUAUGUUUGGAAAGUAUGACAUAAAAAUUCUUCUUAUUUUGCCACCAUAAUUUUUCAAAAUCGUAGUUGUUCCCCAUUAGGGGAAGCUUGGCUACAUGUCAUAAGAAUGAUUUACAGCUUGUACAUAAAUUAAGUCAGUGGCUCUAGAGAGAAUAACAUACUUAAUUUGUUGAAAUAUUGGAACAUAGAGGAUGUAAUGCGACAAUAAGACGUGUGCUGUUGGAUACUCGUUCCCAGUGAAAUGUUGUUACUGACUACAGUGUUGAAUUUAUAAAUGGCUGAAAUACCAUGUACAACAGAUCUCUAUUAAUUGUUAUAAAAGACUAAGUUAUGUAUGAUAUAUAAUUAGUAGUUUAAAGAGAAAAAAUGCAUGUCACGUUAGUGUUAUGUCAUGUGUGACAUUAUGUUCUGUCGCGUGACAUUUUUUCCUGUGCGAGGGUUGUGAGAGUUGUUCCUUACUUCUGAGUAUGAAAUUUCUUGGAGUUGCAAUCGCAAUAAAGAAAUCAUGACCUUGA